AUGAGUCGCAGAAGACCUACUCGUAUAAGGGAAGGGGAUGAUAUGACUGAUAUCGGAGAUGGUACUGAUGCUGAUGAUUGGACCCAGACCAAAACUAUGGAGAAGCCUGCAGAUCAGCUUCAACUUUCAGAACAGGAUUUAAAAGAAGAAUUUACCAGGAUUCUGACCGCUAAUAAUCCUCAUGCUCCACAGAAUAUUGUUAGAUACAGUUUUAAGGAGAAACAAUAUAAACAAACAUCAAGUGUAGAUCAGUUAGCUAUACAUUUCUCUCUUGAUGGUAAUAUGUUACAUCGUGAUUCUGAUGAGGCCAAGAGACAAAAAGGAAAACUAGGAUUACCUGAAGCUGCUAGUGAACCUGCCAUCAGUGAAUCAGGAGAAGGAGCAGCAGAAGAAGCUGAAGGAGAAAAACAGGAGACCACUGAAGAAAGAGCUGAUGAUGCUGCUACACCUGCUCCAACAGAAAAACGUAAACUAACCAAUCAAUUUAAUUAUAGUGAGAGAGCAUCACAAACUUACAACAAUCCUUACAGGGAACGAGGUACUGCUACUGAACCUCCCCCAAGAGCUACAUAUUCAGGAAAUGUUACACAAUGGGAAAUAUUUGAUGCCUAUUCUGAAGAUUUUGAAAAACAGGAGAAAUCUAAAGAGAAGAAAGUUGUACCUGGUAGAAAAGAAGAAGAUAAAUCACGUAAAAAGUUAACUAUUACAGAAACACAGAGUGAUGAUAUAUCUCGUGUAUCUGUAGCCAGUAAAAUUGUCGAAAGAAUGGUCAAUCAAAAUACUUAUGAUGAUGUAGCACAAGAUUUUCGAUAUUGGGAAGAUGUAUCUGAUGAUUACAGAGAACAGGAAGGAACAUUAUUACCAUUAUGGAGAUUUGCUCAUGAUAAAGCAAAGAAACUAGCUGUUACCUCAAUUUGUUGGAAUCCUAAAUAUAAUGAUUUAUUUGCUGCUUCUUUUGGAUCAUAUGACUUUAUGAAACAAGGAACUGGAUUAAUUCUAUUUCACUCAUUAAAGAAUCCCUCCUAUCCAGAAUUAGUCUAUGAAACAGAUAGUGGAGUAAUGUGUCUAGAUGUUCAUCCAGAACAUCCUUAUCAAAUAGCAGCUGGGUUUUAUGAUGGUAGUGUGGCUGUGUUCAAUGCUGUAGAGAAGAAAGAUGGCCCAUUACACAGAUGUACAGCUAAAAAUGGUAAACAUACAGAUCCAGUAUGGCAGGUCAGAUGGCAGAAAGAUGAUUCAGACAAUAAUAUGAAUUUCUUCUCCAUUUCUUCAGAUGGUAGAAUCGUUCAUUGGACUAUUGUUAAGAAUGAAAUGAUAUAUCAAGAUGUUAUUAAAUUAGUUAUACCUGAUGUAUCUGCUGAAGGUCCUGAUGGUAUUAAAGUACCUACAUUAGGUUGUGGUACUGCUUUCGACUUCCACAAACAGAAAGACUACCUAUUUUUAGUCGGUUCAGAAGAAGGAAAAGUUCAUGUUUGUUCUAAAGCCUACACCAGUCAUUUCAUAGACUCAAUAGAUGCCCACAAUAUGGCUGUGUAUAAAGUAGCAUGGAAUUAUUACCAUAGUAAAUUAUUUAUAACCUGUAGUGCUGAUUGGAAUGUUAAAAUCUGGGAAAUGAGUAAUAAAAUUGAUAACAAAGAUAAUUCAGAAACUUCUACUAGGAAAGCUUUGUUUUCAUUUGAUUUGAAUAACUCUGUUGGUGAUGUUGCCUGGGCACCUUACUCUUCUACAGUAUUUGCUGCUGUCACAGCUGAUGGAAAGGUGUAUGUAUAUGAUUUGAAUGUUAAUAAAUAUGAACCUAUCUGUGAACAAAUGGUAGCUCAGAAAAAGAAAACUAAGUUAACUCAUAUAGAAUUUAAUCCUAUACAUCCAAUAAUUAUAGUAGGAGAUGAUAGAGGCAAUGUUACUAGUUUAAAAUUAUCACCUAAUCUUCGUAAAGUACCAAAGGAGAAGAAAGGACAACCACCAAUGGACGCAGCAGCAAGACAACAGUUUGAACUCAACAAAUUAGAAAAGAUCUUAUCCAUGGUUCGUGAAUCUACUGAGGCAAAUGCUAGUUAA